UAGUGAUCUUGUUUACUUUCGGGCAGCAGACAAGUACAGCAAACAGCAUUAACAGAGAAACAUGGACAAACAACACCCAAACCGAUUCGGAAUGGUUGUUUUUCCAAUAUUAUUAACUUUACGGUGAAAUGAAGUUUAUGAUUUAAUUAUCAACCAGUUUACACAGUCAGCCAGUAGGCGUCACAGAGAGGGAUACAAUUGUGCAUGGGCGAAUUUAUCGAGCGGUUCUAUUGAAUGUAGUCCAGAUAUGUCAUAAUGAGUCAAUGAGGCAGCAUACUGGUAAAGGGAGGUGGGGAGAUCAAACUUCCCUCCCAUCAGCUGUGUGUGUGUGUGUGUAGCUGGAUCACCGUGCAAAUGCGCCAUGAGAAAGACCUUCCCAGUCCAGACUUCACUUGGUUUAAACUGUAGGUGCGUGCACGGCAGUCAAAAGCAUGAAAAGUGGGAGCCUGCGUGCAGCUCAGAGGACGAGUGAGAAGAAGGUGCGCACCCAGCAACUGAAUCCUGAGGGUCUUCCAUAGGGAACCAUGUGCAGCUCCCUGAGUCCUAAACAUACAAGCAGCCCCGGCCUGACAGACAUGCAGCAGUACCACCAGUGGCUGGCUAGUCGACAUGAAGCCAGCCUGUUGCCCAUGAAAGAAGACCUUGCCCUGUGGCUCACUAAUAUGCUUGGCCUGGAAAUCACAGCUGAGAGCUUCAUGGAACGCUUAGACAACGGCUUCCUCCUGUGCCAGCUGGCUGAGACUCUGCAGGAGAAGUUCAGGGAAAGUAAUGGAGACAUGCCUCUCAACAACAGAAAGGUUCUGCCCUAUCGAAGGAUUCCAUGCCGGCGGAGUGCGCCCUCUGGAUCUUUCUUUGCACGAGACAACACAGCCAAUUUCCUGUCCUGGUGUCGUGAGGUUGGAGUUGGGGAAACUUGUUUGUUUGAGUCAGAAGGUUUAGUUCUUCACAAGCAACCACGAGAAGUUUGUCUCUGCCUGUUACAGUUGGGACGGAUAGCAACCAGGUACAACGUGGAGCCUCCUGGCCUUAUAAAACUGGAAAAGGAGAUAGAACAGGAAGAGAAAGCACCUCUACCUCCUCCGUCGCCUGCAUCCCCAGUUCAGCACCUCUCUCCAUCUCCCUCGUCGUCUCCUUCUCCAUCUCCUUCCCCGUCCCCGACCCCUCCAAAAGUCACGUCGAGCAAGAAGAGCACAGGAAAGCUUCUUGAUGAUGCUGUAAGACAUAUUGCUGACGAUCCCCCCUGCAGGUGUCCAAAUAAGUUCCAUGUGGAGAGACAUUCACAGGGUCGAUAUCGUGUUGGGGAGAAAAUGCUUUUUAUACGUAUGCUUCACAACAAGCACGUGAUGGUUCGUGUGGGUGGAGGCUGGGAGACGUUCGAGAGCUACCUGCUCAAGCAUGACCCUUGUCGUAUGCUUCAAAUCUCCCGCGUGGAGGGGAAGACGUCCCCCGUCAGCGGCAAGGGCCUCAACAUCAAGGACCUGACGCCUGACAGUUACCUAGUGGUGGCUGCAAAUUACCGUAGCAAAAAGUCUACACAGGGGACUGCACCAUGAUGGAGGAGGUAGCUGUGUGACAUGUCGGCACAUUUGAAACUCAUCACUGCAAUAUAAAGACUGAACUGGCUACACAUGAAGGUGGACAUUCUUUUUUUUUUAUUCACAACAUUGUGACCAAUUUUGGUUUUAUAUCUUUUGCACAUUAUUUUCUGGUGGGAAAUAGUUACUUUUUGUAUUUUAGUGACUAUAUGCCUACUUUAAGACUUUAUUCUAAAAGUAAAUUAAUUCUACAUUUUUUACAGGUAAGUACAGAAAAUGUAUUUGUGCUUGAUACUUGUGGACACCAAAAAAUGUUUGCCAAUGAUGCAAAACAAAAAAGUACCAAAGCCUAAUACUGUAUAAGAAAUAGAAGCUUUGUUGAUUAACUUUAGUCGCUGUAUGGUUUGUUGUUACCAGUGAUUACUUAUUUUACAUACUGUCCCUUUCAAAGAAGUGUAACUGAACUGUCAGAUGCAGCAUGUUAAAUUGAAUCUAAAUGUAUCAUGUGGUAACGUUUUCUUCAUGGGGUUCAUGUUUUACUUUGCUGCCAUCUAAAGGCGAACAUAGUCAUAACGUUGUCAUCUUUGUAUUUUCUCAAUAAUUCCCUAAAGAAAACACGGGUUUGAGUGCACCAUCUGCAAACACUUUUAAAAUAUAUAUUUUUUUGUCAAAAAAGGCCAAUAAAGUGUCUGGUGCCAAUAAAG